CUCCACUCUUCACACGUUGCCAACUCCACAAUGGCGGCUUACACGACUGCGAAGUACGGAAGGAAUUAAGAGGGGGAGGAUUCCCUUCCCAGGUGUACAUCGAGAGUUUUCAACUAGCAAAAGGAAUUCAUCAACGAUUGAAGUUAAUAUUUUUUGGAAGAAACGGAAUUUAAAUAAUCUGAAAGAGAGAUAUAAUUUUGCGAAAAAGAGGACAGUGUGUGAGUAACCGGUCGAUUUCUAACCUACUUUCAUCGUACGGCGUAAUUUCGUCAUAUUUUGAAACCACUCGAUUACACUUGGUAUGGAAAUACUUCUGAAUAAGGCUUUUGUCACGUAUCUCUAGCACAUUGUAUCAUUAACAGACUCGGCUUUUGUUUCAUUUGAAUGUUCUCACUCGCACGUGAAUUUUGGAACAUUUCUUUUUGUUUCAGAAAUAAUUCGAAGACUGUGACGUCAUAACUUGUACAUGUAUAUUCACGAAAUUGUUUUGUUUCGCAACUUUUAACUGAUCAUCGUGGCGUGAUUGAUUGCUAAGAAACUGAUCAUUUAGGAGUUCAUAUAAACAUUUUCACCAGAAAUAACAAAUUCAUGAAAUAUUUUUAAUUUUAAUUUUCUUUACUGUGAUAUCAAAUGGAAAGCGAAAGUUGUUGAGUUGCAAUUCUCAACAUAUAAUCUGUGAUAACUGUUUCUUUAUGAGUCUAGUAAGACAAAGGCCCCGACUUCAUAUCCUUAGUCAUGGGCCAAAACAAAGAAAUCUUGAACAAUCAGACAAAGACUUAGUUGCAAAUGGAGGAUGUUUAACUCCAGAUCUUCAACCCAAUCCACCAGUUUUUCCAGCAAAGCCAGAGCAACAGUGUAAAAUCUACAAGAUUGGAAGAUAUUUGUUAGAACAUAUUGAAGCUGAAACUUACAAAGCAUGCGACUGCCAAACCAGGGAUGAAAAAAUAUGCAGGGUAUUUGAAAUAAACAGAUACCGUGACAUUCUGGGCGCGUAUUGGCAGGUUGAUGCACAUGAGAACAUUAGCAGUAUUUCUGAAAUAAUUCUCGGGGAAACGAAGGCAUAUGUGUUCUUCGAUCGUCACUAUGGUGAUUUACAUUCUUACGUUAGACAGAAGAAAAGGCUGAAGGAAGACGAGGCACGACGACUCUUCCGACAGAUAAUUGCAGCUGUCAAACAUUGCCACGACAGUGGUGUGAUUCUACGUGAUCUCAAAUUACGCAAAUUUGUCUUCAAAAACAAAGAAAGGACCGAAUUGCGACUAGAUAGUCUUGAAGACGCAUGUGUCCUUGAUAAUGAAGAUGAUGACCGUCUAUCGGAUAAACACGGGUGUCCGGCAUAUGUCAGUCCGGAAAUUUUAAAUGGGACUCCUACUUACAGCGGCAGAGCUGCAGAUAUGUGGAGUCUUGGAGUCAUGCUUUAUACAAUAUUAGUCGGACGUUAUCCGUUUCAUGACGCGGAACCAACAGUUUUGUUUUCAAAAAUACGAAGGGGCCAGUAUACAUUACCUCCAUCAUUGUCGUCAAAGGCGAAAUGUUUGCUAAAAAGUAUUUUACGUCAAGAUCCAAACUUACGUCUCACAGCAGAAGAGUGCUUAUGUCAUCCGUGGCUGAACCGGGGAUCGUACACGACUGGUUUUAUCGCUAUCAGUAAUAAAUAUAAUGAUCAAACAGUACCAGAUAUUGUUAUCAAAGAUUAUGACGAUGAACUUUUCACCUGAACUCGCACAGUUUCAGUGUAUCCUGUUGACAUUUAACAAAUUGAACUUAACAACAAAUUAUGUUGUUGAAGAUGGGCAUUUUUAGAGCGUUUCAAGAGCAUUCUUUCCAGCAGUAUUUGCGAGAUUAUUCCAGCAGAAAGGAAGGGAGAGAGAGUAAUGUUAGAGUCAUUGACUUCCUUUUGAGGCAAUAUUACACAUGUUUUUAUAAUUGUUUGCAUAAACAUAAAUGAACAUUGUUUUGGUUUUUUCUGAAAAAUUUCCCUUAGUUAAAGUAGAUUUUGUCUGUAUUUAUGCAGGGGUCAAGUCCUGAGUACUAAGAGCUUCUGAAUCAUCAACACUUAAACAGUUGGCUGUUGACCUAUAUAUCAAUUUAUAAGUAUUAAGAAUGAUAACAAAUGCUCCCAUCCAUUAGUUCCUGCAUGUACACUUGAAAUAUUUCAGCUGGUGAUACUAAAAAUGUAUCAAACACUUAUUGCCUAUUUUGUCUUUUAUUUGGUUGCCAUGUGAUAAAUCAAAAACUGUAAUACAGUACUUAUACUGUACUUUCUGUUGUUUCUUUGUGUUUAGUAUUUAUUCGUGUAUUGUUGACCUAUUUUCUAUUGUUUUUCAUUGCUAAGUCGUAAGAGUUUUUGUUUGAAAAAAAGACAAAUUACACUGUUGUACAUCGAAGAAUUUGUUUAAGGUAGUGAGAGUAUAAAGACAAUUGGCAGUUUCAUUGCAGUUAUGUUGGGCAUGUAUCCUUCUCCCAUUAGCGUAAACUGUCUGUAACAACUCACAUACAGAGAAAUAUAUAAUUGCAUGGAAAUUGCUGAUAGCCAAUUUCUACAGAUUCUCUACCUUUAAAUAACUCAUAAGUGUGAUUGUAUUGGAAAAAGAUUUGAGAUAGUUUACUAUUUAAUUUUUUUUUUUUUUUGCAGAAUUUUUACUCAAAACUUAGACCCAACAAUUAAGUAGAAAAAAAUAGAUUACACAAUUUGUUAAGUCUAAUUGAAUGGUCUUUUUAAAUGUGGCAGCUGAAAUGUAGACAUGUUUCCUGGUAGCUGUAUAGAUAGAUAGUUUAUUUGGUCAACAGCAGAAAUCAAUGAUAUUUACAAAGGUAUAAUGAAAAGCUAAAAUGGUAUGCAGAGGACACCCUACUUUUAAAUCUUGGGAGACAAUCAAUUCAGUCUCUUACACAGAGGUCUCCCUUCGAUGGUAAUGUAGGGGAAGUAAUCACUGUUGGAUGUUUCACUGUUCUAACGUAAAACAUAAUGAAUAACAUGAUUGAUUUUACUGAGGACUGUUUCCCUUAUUAACUUAUUGUCAGUUUGAUAGUCUUCCCUUUAAAAAGAAAUGACACUAAUAGGGAAUUGAUAAAGAAAUGAUAAUACUGUGGAAUUGUUGAACAGUUAAAGAAGUGAUGGUGGGAAAUCUUAAGAUUUUUUUUAUAUUUUUCUAAAUUUGGAAAUUUGUAUUUUGCAAUUAAAUGGCUGCAGUUUAUUUGAUGCGGAGAUUGGAUUUGCUUUUAAAAACUACUGAUAUUUAAUUUAUGUGAAUAGCACACCACUGUAGGAAAUGUUUUUUUUUAUCUAUAACUCAUCAUUUGAUUUGCUUAUGCUUGUGCAGGGACAAAGCAUGGGGAUCUGGUGGAAAUGGGCGUGGUUCUGUAACGUGCCACACCCUAAAUUGUUUAGUGGGUUUCGAUGUUCAUUUAUAUAAUAUAGCUAUGAUGUUGUGUUAAUUUUUGUAUUUAUAAAUAAGCCGAGACUGUUAAUUGUCCAAUGUGCUGAGAAGUGGCAAAAUUUUAUCCCUAAGUUAUUGUUUUAUCAUAACUUGAAAUAGGAAGUAAUAAAAAAAAUGGAAAAAUUGA